GAUUUCAAUGAGACUUGAAGCAAAAGAUCUGUUCGUUUUACAUGACUGUUAAAGUAUUCCUACACUGGACCCAACAUUUUUCAAGAGUCGCAAAUGUAAGAUUGCGCAGGAUUGUGGCCGAUACUUCAGACGACUGCCUCAGAAGCAGUUCUCCGUCGCUUAGGGAAUUCUAACUGUCAACCCAUUUCUCCGCGAAAAGGACAAGUAAACCGCGUGUGUGCCACAAAAAGGUUUUAUUAGCGGUUUUUGGAAAGAAAAAAAAGUGGUAAUUAAAAUUGAUAAAAAACGAACACUCUGGAAUAGGACAAGCAUCAAGUGAUUACACGCGACGGGUUAUGGCUUAGAAGAAAGCAGCCGUUUUGCUGUGAAAAAUGGACUGUCAAAACGAGUGCAAUGAUCUUCCAAGAAACGGAUUCCACUUUAAAAUUGUGCAGCGAGUGGUUGAACUAUACUGAUAUUAAUACCAGAACACCAACAACCAAAAACAGGAUUACAAACUUAUAUUAGACACCCACACAACAACUAUUAGUGCGAUUAUUCGAAUUGGAGCUGACUUCUGAAAUUGAAUAGAUAAAAAUCACUCUCGUCAUCACUGACUGUAGCCAGUAUGGGUGCCGUAAUCAGUUUUAGUACAAUUCAGUACUAAACACCAAUGACAGUUUGAACACGGUUGUGUAAUAGUUAACAUUUGCAAAAAUUGAACUGGCAAUGGAGUAUCAGUGAUAGCUUUUAUAAACUCGUGCUGUAUGUAUAGCAAAUGAAGCAUAAUGUAGUUAUAUGAAGCACAUCGGCAGACAGUUUUGGAUGUUACUAGACAGACAACAAACAAAUUGGUUUAGGUCGAUUUGUAUGCCUGGUCCAGUCUACCGUACAUGUCACUGGCAUCGUCGAUGAUGCAAUCAUUGACCCACCCAUCGAUGCUGACCAUGCCAGGACUCGAUCAACCGCAAAACACGUCCAGCCUGUUACAACCGCAGGCGCAUCAUUACCAGCAUCACAACCACCUUCAUCUACCGUCAGUUACCAACGAAUCCCCUCGGAAUGGUAUGGUGGAUCCACCUAAUCCGGAACUGCUGCUGGCGCUGAUAGCACGAAAUAAAGCAUUCGAAGCAACCAUUCCAAAAUGCGGAGGAUGUCACGAACUGAUUCUAGACAGAUUUAUCCUCAAAGUAGCCGAUCGAACGUGGCACGCCAAGUGCCUUCAAUGUAGUGAAUGCCACGUGCAACUAAACGAAAAGUGCUUUGCUCGAAAUGGUCAAUUAUUCUGCAAGGAUGACUUCUUCAAGUCCUGCAGGCGGUACGGCACGAAAUGUUCGGCCUGUGAUCUGGGGAUCCCUCCGACGCAAGUGGUCCGACGAGCGCAGGACAACGUAUAUCACCUGCAGUGCUUUAUGUGUUCCAUGUGCUCCCGACAACUCAACACCGGCGACGAGUUCUACUUGAUGGAGGAUGGGAAAUUAGUUUGCAAACCAGACUACGAAGCCGCGAAAGCGAAAGGUUUGUAUCUUUCCGAUGGAUCAUUAGAUGGUGAAUCAUCAAACAAACGUCCACGCACAACAAUAACCGCCAAACAGCUGGAGACGCUCAAGAGUGCUUAUAAUAGUAGUCCGAAACCAGCAAGACAUGUCCGCGAACAGCUAUCUCAGGACACUGGGUUGGACAUGCGAGUGGUGCAGGUUUGGUUUCAAAACAGAAGAGCCAAAGAGAAACGACUGAAAAAGGAUGCUGGCCGUACCAGAUGGAGUCAAUACUUCCGCUCGAUCAAGGGCGGUAGUUCACCAAGUAGACAUGAUAAACUGUUAGAUAAGGAUGAAUUGAAACUCGAUCUAGAUAGCUUCAGCCAUCAUGAUCUGAGCAACGAUAGUUAUAGUACGUCUAAUAUGGGCCUAGAGGAUGGUGCAUCGCCACACAGUGGACGAGGGUCCUACAUACAUGGCAAUGGAAGUCCUCCGCCGUACUUAUCUAGUCAUUCGCCUCCGCCCAUCGGACCAGGUCACCACUAUGGUUCCUAUCCGGAUAACAUUGUAUAUACACCACUAGGUCAACCUGUCAACUCGAUACACCAUGGCGGUCCCCGGGGUCCCCACGGACUGCACGGUAGUGGGGUUUCAGAUUUGAGCAACGAUUCUAGUCCCGCGCAAGGGUAUCCAGAUUUUCCACCCAGUCCCGACUCGUGGCUUGGCGAAUCCUGUACACCGAAUGGAACCGUUCCAACAGUUGUACAACAGUCGGCUCCACCGCCACCACAAACCAACGGUAGCCAAAUACCAACCGUGUUACACUAUUGAGUCAGUAGGUAGUUUCUGCUAGGAUAUUCCGACAAAACUUUUGAAUGAACACAGGGUAUUUGUUGAUGGAAUUAUUCGGAUUUUUUUCAACUGUAAACCAGGAUAAUCUUAGAGCUGUGAAUUUACAUCACUCGAUUUUUUUUUUUGCAUUUUUCACAAUGCUGUAAUUGAAAAAAUAUCAAGCAAGAAAACAAUUCACCAAACUGGAAUUUUGAGUAAUUCAGUGUAAAUCAGUGUUAACUUCCUCUGUAUUACAUAAUUAUUUUUGCUUUGUACAAGAGAAUAUAGCGAAUCAAUUAAUUUAUUAUUUUUACCUCCCAACAAAGUUUUUUCACAGCUCUAAGGUUUUUUUGGUUUAAUCAAAUUAAUGUAUUUUAGUAACGUAACAAGUGAAGGUUGAUACUAUACAGCUAAUUAGUUGAUGGUUUGUCAUCCGGCACGCUGACAGUGCACAUAUACACACACACGAAACGCGAGAUCUAACUAGUCCAAAAAUAAACUUUUUAAUGGUGUCUAUGAUUUUCCAAGAAAGCAACGCUGUUAAGUCUUGUGUGAGCAAAUGAACUAGAUUUCGAAGUAUAAUAGAAAGAAAACAACACCCAAUGAGUUUCACUAUCAAAUAGUCUUCUUGUGUUGUAUAUUUAAUGGGGAGUAUGGUUCGACAUACUAAACGUAUGAGUUCCUUUCACAACAAAAUUGUACCAAAUAUAUUAUUAUGUAUUGUAGUUCGUUCGUAGAUUUAAAAUGAUAGGUUGUAUACUAUUUACAAAGCGAAUAAACUUUCGGUUUCCAAUUUACUUAAAGCUCUAGUCUUGGGCAUUGGUUCCUGUAUAGAGAAAGAAUCAGAUUUUUCGAAAACGAUACAGCUCCAAUUAUAGUCGGUUAUCAGUUUUACCCUAAUCUAAAAGUGUACAAAUAAUUUUCUUGCCUAAUUCCAGUACGGUUGAAAACUGUAUAUAAUCAGAGGAAGAAUAUUUCAUCUUUAUGUAAUUAACAAGGACACAAAAAUUAUACAAUGCAACCUUAGCUCUAGACAAACCACUAGAAUUAUAAAUCUACUGUGUACAUAUUUAUUUAAUUUAUUGCUAAAUGAAAAAAAAAACAAGACUUACGGAUCUUACAAAUGAA